AUGUCGUCGUCCAUUGCCAGAGCGCUGCGUCCGGCGCUGAAGAGGGGCCAGCAGGCGGUGUCUGCCUCUGGGCUGUCAGCAGUGUCACGGACGUGCCGGCCUGCACGGACGGCCUCUCGAUUGCAAUGCAGCGCCCGGGCUCUGUCCACCACGCCGGCCCGCCGCUCCGACUUUGUGCCCACGCCGCUCUCGCACCUCUCCGAGACCGAGGCGGCCAUGAAGGAGGCCGUCGGGAAGUUCGCCAACGACGUGAUCCUGCCCAAGACGCGCGACAUGGACGAGGCCGAGGCCAUGGACCCGGCCGUCGUGGAGCAGCUCUUUGAGCAAGGGCUCAUGGGCAUCGAGAUCCCCGAGGAGUUCGGCGGCGCCGGCAUGAACUUCACCUCGGCCAUCAUCGGCAUCGAGGAGCUGGCCCGCAUCGACCCGUCGGUCAGCGUCAUGGUCGACGUGCACAACACGCUCGUCAACACGGCCGUGCUCAAGUACGGCAGCGAGGCCCUCAAGAAGAAGUGGCUGCCGCGCCUCGCCACCGACACCGUCGGCUCCUUCUGCCUGUCCGAGCCCGUGUCCGGCUCGGACGCCUUCGCCAUGGCCACCAAGGCCACCGAGACCGAGGGCGGGUUCAAGCUCAACGGCGGCAAGAUGUGGAUCACCAACUCGAUGGAGGCCAACUUCUUCAUCGUCUUUGCCAACCUCGACCCGAGCAAGGGCUACAAGGGCAUCACGGCGUUCGUGGUCGAGAAGGGCACCAAGGGGUUCGAGAUCGCCAAGAAGGAGAAGAAGCUGGGCAUCCGCGCCAGCAGCACCUGCGUCAUCACCUUUGACGACGUCGAGAUCCCCAAGGAGAACCUGCUGGGCGAGCGCGGGCAGGGCUACAAGUACGCCAUCAGCCUGCUCAACGAGGGCAGGAUAGGCAUCGCGGCGCAGAUGACCGGUCUGGCCCUCGGCGCGUGGGAGAACGCCGUCAAGUACUGCUGGAACGACCGCAAGCAGUUCGGCCAGUACAUCGGCGAGUUCCAGGGCAUGCAGCACCAGAUCGCGCAGUCGUACGUCGAGAUCGAGGCCGCGCGCGCCCUCGUCUUCAACGCGGCGCGCAAGAAGGAGGCCGGCGAGGACUUUGUCCGGGACGCGGCCAUGGCCAAGCUGUACGCGUCGCAGGUGGCCGGCCGGGUCAGCGGCCUGGCGGUCGAGUGGAUGGGCGGCAUGGGCUUCGUGCGCGAGGGGCUGGCCGAGAAGUUCUUCCGCGACAGCAAGAUCGGCGCCAUCUACGAGGGCACGAGCAACAUCCAGCUCAACACCAUUGCCAAGUCUCUGCAGAAGGACUACACUUCCUAA